CUGCCGUAGUCGGCCACCGCCGCUGCCGCUCUCCCUUCCCUUCCCUUCGCUCCCACGUGGUUGCCGGGCAGGAGCAGCUGCGGUGGUGGCGGCGUAGUAAGUGGCCGGAGCGGCUCUUGGCGGAGGGCAGGGGCGGGGAGCGAGGGGAUCCCUUGGUGGAGGAAGGAAGGAGAGGGAGAGGGACCCCGGCUGCGCCCCGCUCGUAUGCCCUUCCUAGCCUGGCUGCGGUCGGGGCGUCUGGCCGCUCAUUCCCUCGGGAGACCAGCCGGUGGCUGGCGGCUGAACGGCAUGGCUAGCGUAGGUAUCGCCUCUUGAUCUUCGUCCGGCAAAGCUUCCUUACAAUAUGACUUUGAUCAGCUGGCGCUUCUUAGGAAAGGUGUUCACUUCAGGGCGCAGGAAACUGCCUUGAUGCGGAGCUAACUCAGGACUGCCGCCUCUUGCAGGGUUUGAGAGAGGGGACCUGGAGAUGCCACCGGGGGGGCGUUCGGCAUCAUCGUCAUCCUUGUUCUUACUAUUAAUUAAAUUUCUAUACCGCCCUUCAUCCGAAGAUCACUGGGCGGUUUAGGAAGACACAAAGAUUCAUACGGUAAUAACAAACCCAAUCCAUACAGAAAAAGCGAUUCAGUGCAGAUAAAAAGAUAAGAGGCAUGCCACUAGACUACAGCCUUUUCCUAUGCAACGUGGUGUUUCUGUUGGUUUAUAUUCCGUUCUUUUUUAAAAAGUGUAGUUUUACCUCUUUGUCCCCUGAAUUGCAGGGAUUCUUCUGUUGUUGAUGCGUUACCUGAUCUUCAGAGAUGUGCACUGUGAGCUGCGACGAAGUUGCUCGUUUUAGCUUGGCGUAUGGCAUUGCGUUGAAUGAUGAUGUCUGUAUACGUAUCUAUAUGUGAAGCAGAAUUAAAAUGCCACCAAAACCCCCAGUAGCUCCUUUUGGACUUACUUGCUUGAUUGCCCUAAGAAAAUUGUCUUUUGUCAGUUGAUUUUGAGUGAUCGAUUCAAUAUCUGUGUAAAGAAGGUUUCUGUGGCUGACGUGCCCUUUAAAUGAAGGACUUCAUUAGCUUUCGGAUGAUCUCUUCUAGUGCUUUGCAAUGGCCGAGGAGUUGAGAACCAUGGCUGGCAACCAAGCCAAGAGGCUGAAGAGCAGCUGCAGCAACAUAGAGGAGGCAGCGGAAGAAGUUGGAAAGCAGGAGGAAAACGGGCAUGAAACGAAACGGAUCAAGACCAGUGGGGAAGAGGUGGAGGACGGGGUGAAGAGGUUCCCCAAAAGGAAGGUUGUGAUGCUGAUGGCAUAUUCAGGGAAAGGCUAUCAUGGGAUGCAGGUGAGUGGUUCAGGUACCUAUGCUUGGGGAGUGUUUGUGGAGUUACCAGGCUAAUUUGUCAUUGGCCUUUGUUUAGGCAUGUAGGUAUAAGAUGAGGAUGGGGAUUGGUGGUCUUGCUGCUGCUGCUGCUCUGUUUUGUCCACCUAUUUAUUUAUUUAAAGCGGUGGGGAACCACUGGCCCGCCAGAUCUUUGAGGCUGGUGGGAAUUGUAGUCCAAUGACAUUUGGAGGGCCAAAGGCCCCCUGCCCUAUGAUUCACACAGGUGAAUACCACUGCUUCCCCCUGUGCUAUAGGGAGCCUUCACUGCCUUUGUGACAGUAGAAUUUGAACACAAGGCUGCAGAGCGGAAGAAAAGCAGGGCGACUCCCAUCUUGCCUCCCUUGAGAGACCAUGUGCCUUUGGGUCCCCUCUUAGCCACCACUUUUAAGACUUGGUGUCUGAGUUUGCUUUCCUCCCUUCUUCCUCUCCAUUAUUUUCCCUGCAAGUGCCAUGUCUUCUAGAUUGCAAAUCUGAGGGCAGGGACUCGCCCACUACUGAUGUUUGCAAGUUCUUCCUUUUAGCUAAAGGGCAGGCUAAAGAAACCAGACCAGUUACCACAUUAACACCUUUCUUUGAUCCAUCCCAGGCGCUUGUACCUGGGCUGACUUCCUGAUCCUUAGCUCAUCCUUUGUAGCAGCCAGGCAGCUCCAGCUCUGGCAAGUGAGAUGCAUUCAAUCUUUUCUUCUUUUUCAUUCCAGCGCAAUGUGGGGAAUGCUCAGUUCAAGACGAUUGAGGAUGACUUGGUGACAGCCCUCAUUCGAUCAGGCUGCAUCCCAGAGAACCACGGUGAAGACAUGAAGAAGAUGUCUUUCCAGAGAUGUGCCCGGACAGACAAGGUGAUGCGGUUUUGUGUGUGCAAAUGGGAGUUUCAACAGCAUGGAGUGUCGGUAUUGUGGAUUGCAGCCCUGGGGAGCUCCUGUCACACAGUGUAGAAAAUACUGAGCUUGAUGGGCCAAUGGUCUGACUCUGUAUAAGGCAGCUUCUUAUGUUUCUAUAUGUGGCACCCUAACACAUAUGUAAUAUACAUGGUCCCCAGGUUAUGGUUCGGCAUAGAGACCCUUGCAUUCUUCAACUCAGUUCCAUUUUGUUUGCUUUCAGAUUAUACUAACUUCCUGAAUCCAUGCUUAGGACCCUCAGCCCAUCACUGUCUGAUGGAGACUUUUCUGGUUCCCUCCUCCCUGUUGAUUUUAAUCCCUACCUGUUGAUCCACACAGGGUGUAUCUGCAGCUGGGCAGAUCGUGUCGCUGAAGGUCUGGUUGAUAGACGAUAUCUUGGAAAAGAUAAACCACCAUCUUCCUCCUCAUAUACGAAUUCUAGGUAAGGGAGUAAAUAACAGGAGCUUUUGGUUGUGGGCCUUGAUCUCGGUGAAGUCACCUUUCAAUCUUUCAUAAGCAGAGCAAUAGGGAUGAGCCCUUCUCGCCAGCUUGUAAAUGCAUAGGCGAGGUGGGCCUUGGUGUUGAGGGUGCUUUGAGUUAAGCUUUGUGACAUCAGAAGACCCCUCCUGUCCCCCAGGUGCAGGAGUAGCCAACCUGGAGCCCUGCAGAUGUUGGACUCUAGUGUCUAUCAGCCCCAGCCAACAUAAUCAGGGGUUAGGGAUGAUGGGGGUUCUCAUCCAACCACUUGACUACCCGGCUCUUCUGGAUAGACUCCAGAAGGGACCUACAAUUUAUUAGUAACACCACGUUUCCUCAUUGGUAUCCACAUGAGAACAGAGCAUUUUAGAGCUCGUUAGAUGACCAAAAUCCUUGCCAGCUUUCUUAAGAAAUGCCUUUACUGAGUUGCGUUUCCAAGUGAUGCCCGCUGCAGUCUUGGAUGGCCGCUAUAACUAAGGUCCCAUACACAGACAGACUUUGUAUUUGUGGUCAACCACAGGUGAAAGACAUCACUCAUUAUCUGUUAACCUGCCCCUUAUAUAGGUUUCUGAAACCUUGGUUCUCAGGGACAGCUCAGUCGGUAGAGCAUGAGACUCUUAAUGUCAGGGUCAUGCGUUUGAGCCCUCUGCUGGGCGAAUAGUUCCUGCGAUACAGGGGGUUGGACUAGAUGAUCUUCGUGAUCUUUUCCAACUCUACAAUUUUAUGAUUCUGUAAAAGCAUCAUAGCAGAAAGGGUUUGGUUUCUUUUGAGUGACAGUAAUAUCUUUGUAACACACAAAGUAACCUUUUCUGCAUUGUUUACAAAAAAAAAUCAGGAAAAGGGGGUUAGAUAAAAUCACUAUACAUUGUUUCCGUGAUUCAGAGGUUUAAUCUGAGAUAUAAGCCUCUCUUACAUCAUGGAAGUCCGCUUAUAUUAUAUAGGGGUGUGUGCGUGUGUGUGUGUGUGUAUUGCAUUAUUUUAUUAAUCCUAUUGCUGCAAGUUUGUCAUGGCCUUUGGCUAGAACAAUAAACUUCUGAACCGGCUCCCCAUGGCCCUGGAAGGUUAGCAGAGGCAGGGUCUUUGGCAAGCACAAUUUUUUUACUUUUCCCCACCAGUACCAAUGUUCCCCAUGACCUGGAGUGAGUUGGCAUUUUUUAAGUAGGCCCUUCCCACUUAGAUGGGAGAAGCUUAUGUGCCAGGCCAAAAUGAUAUAAUUGCUGAUUGUGGAAAGUGAACAGCGCAACAGUCAAGACAGGCCCCAAGUUGUGCCAGACACGAUGCACUUCCUUGUGUGGUCAGUUCCACACACACACACACACCCCCCGCCAAUGGAAUGUGAAUAGUUUUGCCACCUGUACAUUUUGAAGCCUCGGUGUACUGAGAAAUUUGAGAGUUCCAUUAAGCCAAAACUGUGGACCCCUGAACCUAAAGCAGGUCUGGGAGAGCCUGUGAUCCUUCUGAUGUUGGGACUCCAGCUCCCAUCAUCCUCUGCAAGGAUGGACAAUGGUCAAGGAUGAUGGGAGCUGAGCUUCAGUGACAUUCGGAGGGUGACAAGUUCCCCCCAUCCCAGUGGUGAAGUAUCCUGGGUCCACGGUUCACCUGAAACUUACUUGAUGGGAUUGUACAGAUCCUGUUAAUAGAACAUGCGUGUUUUAAUCUAGGACUGAAACGGGUCACAGGAGGCUUCAAUUCCAAGAACAAAUGUGAUGCCAGGACAUACUCUUACAUGCUGCCAACUUUUGCCUUGGCACACAAAGACUGCGACCUCCAGGAUGACACGUACCGCCUGAGCACGAAGACGCUGGAGACCGUCAACAGCCUUCUGGCUUGCUACAAGGGGACGCACAACUUCCACAACUUCACCUCUCAGAAGGGGCCCAAAGACCCCAGCGCCAAACGCUACAUCAUGGAAAUGUACUGCGAGGAGCCCUUUGUGAGGGAAGGCAUGGAGUUUGCCGUGAUCAAGGUGAAAGGGCAAAGCUUCAUGAUGCACCAGAUCCGGAAGAUGAUUGGGCUGGUGAUCGCCAUCGUGAAGGGCUUCGCUUCCGAGGCCAUCAUGGAGCGUUGCUGGGGGGAGGAGAAGGUGGACGUCCCCAAAGCCCCGGGGCUGGGCCUGGUUUUGGAGAGGGUUCACUUUGAAAAGUACAAUAAACGUUUUGGGAACGAUGGGCUCCACGAGGCCCUGGAGUGGGUGGAAGAAGAAGAAAAGAUUGCUGCUUUUAAAGAGCAACACAUCUACCCCACAAUCAUAAGCACGGAGAAAGAAGAGAAGUCCAUGGGGUGCUGGGUGGAGACGCUCUCCAACCACGACUUCAAUUCCACUGUCUCGAGGGCACCAGUGGACAACAGGGAUUCAAAGGUAACCCAAUUGGUGGCCAUCACUGCAUUCCAAUGUUUAACUAUGCGCAGUGUGAAGAAGUGUCUCUUCCAUCUGUUGUGAGUCUUGUAACGUGUAGCUUCAUUGUUUUUCCACUAUGAGAGUGGGAGGAAAACCUUCCUGGAUCCACUUUCUCCACGCAUUCCAUAAUUUUUAAACCUGUGUUUAUGAAUGCCACUGACAGUUGUGACUACGCUGUUUCUUUAUCUCCUUUUUCCAGAGUGACGAUCCUGAGGGCAGCGAUGGAUGCGGAGAUGACUCGGACUGAACUGAAAUCCGCUCCAGAGGGCAGAAAUAUAAUAGCGCGUGGGUUGCCCCACACCGUUCUGGGAAACUUCUGCUCGAUAACUUUGGGGUCAUCUCUCAACUGGUGGUGUUUAUCUGCUUGGGUGAUGAGCAUUGCCCACCAGGCCAAGUUGUGGGAGGCGAAGAAAAAGGACCUUUAGAGCAACUUUGUCUACAGUGGGAAAUAAUGUCAGCUGGAGCCAAUAGUGCAUUAAUUAUGCUUUACAAAUGAAUUAUGUCAUUUUUACUGUGUCCAAUGCACAAUAGAAAGUAAUUAAUAAUCAGACUCUUAAGACAAUGGAAAGGUUUUUUAAGUAUCAUUUCCCCCUCCUUUUUAAAAUGAAGGCCAAAGUUUCUUCCUCCUUUCUUUUGGGCUUUUUCUGAUUGUACUUCAUUCCAGCUCAGCUUGCGGAAGGGGAGACACCCUCUUCCUUUCCUUAGCUUGCCAUGUCUUUGCCUCUGGUGUCCCAAGAGACAAAAUAGUUUCUCUGAACAAAAUCUGACUGUGGAAUAUCAAACUUUUCGCUUUCUCUCCUUUAAAAAAUGAGCUACUUGUGUCAGAGGGCUUUAAAAAGAAAAGUUUGUCUCUGGUUUUUGUUUUCUUUUUUGAGAAUAAAAUAAAGACUUCUCAUGGCACAAUUAGAAAAGAAAAAUCAUACCUACGUUUUCUGUGUAUGAAAUAAAAGAGCUUAAGAUUGUGAG